CUAACGUGUCUCUGUUUCUCACCCCUCCAGCUGUGUGAGGGGAAGGAGAAGCAGCAGAGGUGUCACAAUGGAUACAUCCUCUGCCACGGAAAGAGCCAGCCCCGCUUGCUGGAGCCAAUCCAGUGGGAUGGCAUCUAACAGGAACUGGAGUGAGGACAACCCCUACAACUGGACUGACUAUGAAAGCAGCCACUUGAGCAAAGUCCCUGUCACACUCCUCAUCUGCCUCUGUGGGAUGGUUGGGAAUGGGGCUGUUCUCUGGCUCCUUGGCUUCCACAUCCACAGGAACCCCGUCACCAUCUUCAUCCUCAACCUGGCCAUCGCUGACUUCACCUUCCUCCUCUCCAUCACCAUCACUCUGGGGAUAUAUUAUGUCCCAGAGAGCCUCUGUCAUGAGCUGGGCUCACAGGGAGUGACAACUGUGCUGAACAUCAUCAUCUUGUUUGCCUUCACUGCCAGUGUCUACCUGCUGACAGCCUUCAGUGCUGUGACAGCUCUGUCUGUCCUCCCCAUGUCCCACUGUCCCUGCCACCACUCUCAGCGCUUCCCAGUGCUCCUGUGUGCCCUGCUCUGGGUCCUCUCCUUCCUGCUCACCAUGACCCUCUACUCCCACCCUUCAGCACUCAUCGCCUUUGUCCUGAGCUACCUCUUAUCAGUGCUCACUCUGAUCUGCUCUGGUCUAACCCUGCUUGUUUUCCUAUGCUGCUCAUGGAAACAUUCUUCAAGGAAGCUCUGUGCUGUGGUCCUUCUGGCUGUCAUCUUCUUCCCCUUCUCCACUGCUGAUUUUGGAUACUGGCUCUUGCUAAGGGUGUUUGAUUUUUCUGUCUUUGUCCUCAGCGCCUCCCUCCCACUCGCCUGUGCCAACAGCAGCGUCCACCCUCUUAUUUACUUCUUGGCUGGGAGCUGUGCAAAGAAGUCCACACUCUCUGUUAGUGCUGCCUUCCAGAGGACUUUUGAAGAUGUGUCAGAGCCUCAAAAUAGAGACAACACAGUGGAAUCAUCAUAA